AUGGCUGCACCCCUGUUGCUGCGGCAAGGACGUUUUGGGGCGCUGAAGAUUGGGCUCCAAGCAGGGGUGCUUCGAGGACUUGCCUCUACUGUGUCUCUCUCUUCAAAAUCAGGAAAGAGUGAAAAGGGGCUGUCACCAAAUGCCAAGAAGCAAAGUCCACCAAAAAGACCCAUGGAUGCCGCACCUGUUGAGCCGUUUGACAAUACCACCUACAAGAAUCUCCAACACCAUGACUACAAUGUGUACACCUUCUUAGAUUUGAACCUGGACCUCUCAAAAUUCAGAAUGCCUCAGCCUGCCUCAGGAAGAGAAUCCCCAAGGCACUGA